GUGGGACCAACCGACAACAACAUUUCUUUUCUCUUCGAUUGCCAACGAAACACGAAACGUAUCCAUUCCAUUCUCUUUCUUCUCAGAUCAAAAAAAUAUUAUCCUCAAUACACAGAACUCACACGUACUCACCAAUACACCAUCCACACGCUUAUGUAGUUAUCAUUAUUAUCAUCAAACUGUUGUUUCUCUCUGAAACAAACGAUCAAACCAAUGACUUCCAAACCAAAAAAACAAACUUACAGCGUCUGUUUUUGCUGCCGGCGCCGAUUCAAACUCGGCGUAUCAGAAGCACCGCCGCAGAUAAAGGAACUCUAUGACAAUUACUCCGAUGAGAACGCCAUCAUGACCGCAUCUCAUCUUCAAAGGUUCCUCGUCGAGGUGCAGGGAGAUAAGAACUUCACAGAGAAUGAAGCACAAUCCAUCAUCGACGGUCAUAAGCAUUUGAGUAUCUUCCAUCGAAGAGGUCUCAAUCUCGAAAGCUUCUUCAAGUUUCUCUUCAGUGAUAAUAACCCUCCCCUCUUACCUUCUCGCGGGGUGCAUCAAGAUAUGAGUUUACCGUUGUCUCAUUAUUACAUACACACUGGUCAUAAUUCCUAUCUUACUGGAAAUCAGCUUAGUAGUGAUUGCAGUGAUGCUCCUAUCAUCCUUGCGCUUCAGAGAGGGGUUAGGGUUAUUGAGUUGGAUAUAUGGCCUAAUGGAUCUAAGGAUGAUAUUGAAGUUCUUCAUGGAAGGACAUUGACUACUCCUGUCGCGCUUAUCAAAUGUUUGAGGUCUAUUAAGGAGCAUGCGUUCGUGGCGUCGGAGUAUCCGGUUGUGAUAACAUUAGAAGACCAUCUUACUCCUGAUCUUCAGGCCAAAGUGGCUCAGAUGGUUACUCAAACAUUUGGAGACAUACUAUUUUGUCCGAGCUCGGAAAGCUUGAAGGAAUUUCCUUCGCCCGACUCGCUCAAAAAGAGGAUUAUCAUAUCAACAAAACCACCUAAAGAGUACCUUGAGGCAAAAGAAGGCCAGGAAAAAGAGGAAUCAGUUAAGGGAAAGUCUUUAGGUGAUGAAGAAGCUUGGGGCAAAGAAGUCCCUAGUUUGAGAGGCGGUACCAUAUCUGAUUACAAGCAGAACAGUGGCGGCGACGAUGAAGAUGAUCUUAAUGAGGAGGAAGAUUCUGAUGAAGAAGAAAAGCCACGUCAAAAUGUUUCAGAUGAAUAUAGACGUUUAAUUGCUAUUCAUGCUGGGAAACCUAAAGGUGGACUAGUGGAAGGUCUCAAAGUGGAUCCUGAUAAAGUGAGACGUCUAAGUUUAAGUGAGUCACAGCUUGAAAAGGCAGCUGAAACAUAUGGAAAAGAAAUUGUCAGGUUUACUCAGAGGAAUAUACUGAGAGUGUAUCCGAAAGGUACUCGCAUUACCUCUUCAAAUUAUAAUCCAUUAAUUGGGUGGAUGCACGGAGCUCAGAUGGUUGCAUUUAACAUGCAGGGGUAUGGAAGAUCUCUUUGGUUGAUGCAAGGAAUGUUCAAAGCCAAUGGAGGCUGUGGUUUUGUUAAAAAACCAGAUUUUCUAUUAAAAACUGGUCCCAAUAAUGAGGUUUUUGAUCCUAAAGCUUCUUUGCCAUUGAAAACUACUUUGAAGGUGACUGUAUAUAUGGGGGAAGGAUGGUAUUAUGAUUUCAAGCAUACACACUUUGAUCAAUUCUCACCUCCAGACUUCUAUACAAGGGUGGGGAUUGCUGGAGUCCCUUUUGACACUAUUAUGAAAAAAACUAAAACAAAAGAGGAUAGUUGGUUGCCUUCUUGGAAUGAGGUAUUCGAGUUCCCGCUUUCAGUUCCGGAGUUGGCGCUGCUUCGUAUAGAAGUUCAUGAGUAUGACAUGUCUGAGAAGGAUGACUUUGGUGGGCAAACAUGUUUACCUGUGUGGGAACUAAGAAGUGGAAUUCGAGCGGUUCCAUUACAUUCCCGCAAAGGAGUUAAAUACAACAAUGUAAAGCUUCUCAUGCGCUUUGAGUUCAUCUGAUUUUGUGUAUUCUCUGCUAUAUAUUUUGUACAGCAAUUACAAUAUGAUACAAGAGUUUGUAUGUAGCUGUGUGUAGUACUAGUACAGUACAUUGUUUAUUUUGGAUUAUGUUUUUUUUCCCUUUUGAUAUUUACACAAAUAUCUAAGGGCGUGAGAAUAAUUUGUUGGUAGAUGUUUUAGUUGUGUCUACCAAAGAGUGUGUUUCAUCUGAAUUUGAAGGUUGUUUUGAGAAGAAAGUGUAUCAUUGUGUUGUAAGGCUUGUCAAUACUAUUCAAUAUGAAGGUUGUGUUUUGGAUC